AUCGAAAGGAAAAUUUUUUUGUUUGUUAAGGAAAAAAGAUGGAAGAAAAAAGAAUUGUUGGACCAAAUCGUCCAUUGAUCGUCCUAUUUGGUUCUUCAAUAGUGCAACUAAGCUACUUCCUUAAUGGUUGGGGUGCAACCCUCACAACCUGUUACACUCAUAAGGAAGAUAUAUUCUUACGUGGAUAUAUUGGUUGGAACUCAAAGAUGGCUCUUGAAGUUUACAAGAAAAUUUUUCCCAAGGAACAUUGUUGGGACAGGCAUAAGGAAAUUCAACCUUCUCUUGUCAUACUUUAUUUUGGUGGAAACGAUUCACAAGAUCCCGAUUUUCCUAAUAGUAGUCAUGGUCCUCUUCAUGAAUAUGUUGAAAACAUGAGGAAGCUUGCACAUCAUAUCAAGGUAUGUAUGAAACCAGAA